AUGUACUCCCAAAAUCACCAGCAGGGCCAUAAUGCCCGCCUAAACGGCUCUGGUCGCGGCGGGAUGCCUCCCAAUCUCCUGUACAAUUUCCAACAGCACGCGCAGCAUCAACAUCCCUCCCAGGCCCAGCACCAUCAAGGACUACAGCCCGACCACCUGACAUCCUCGAACGGGCUCGGUCACCACUCAUCCUAUCCAUCCGGUGUCCUGGGGAGCUCAACGCCGUUCAAUUCCGGCCUUCAGAACGGCCACUCAGCUUCGAGAGCUGGCCAAGCUCCGCAGAACGAGAUGUGGGCGGAGCAAAUUCGGUUGCACGAGGAAUCUAAGCGAGCUCACUCUGCAAUGACCGAUCAACAACAACCGCACUAUUAUGCGCGACUUAAGGCAUCGGAAAACAAAGGCAUUGGAGCCCCUCCCCCUCCUUCCACCAAAACCCAAGCCGAUGGCGAAAACGACUCGUCCGAUAGGAGGAAACCGUGGACGUCGGCCGAGGAGAACAAGAGGCAGGACUGGCACAACAUGGAUAUGAGUGGCCAGGGGCUGCGAAAUCUGGCUACGGAGCUGUUCAGGUACUCGUUUCUCAAUGAGCUGUACAUUGCCUCGAACAAACUCACCCGCCUACCAAAGCAGAUUGGUGAGCUGAGGCAACUACGGCACCUGGACGCUUCAUACAACCAGAUUAGCGAACUUCCCGCCGAGCUCGGCAUGUGUACAUACCUGAAGCAGCUGCUGCUCUUCAACAACAAUAUCACAGAGUUGCCAUUCGAGCUUGGAUCGUUACACAUGCUGGAGAUGCUUGGCAUUGAGGGCAACCCUCUGCACACCGAUGUCAAGCAGGAGAUUAUGGAAAAGGGAACCAAGAGCUUGAUCAAUGCCCUCAAAGAGGGCGGACCUGUGCCACGUUCUCCCCCUCCCCGCCAACCCAUCACUAUUCAAGAGGAUGUGUCCCCCAACUUGGAAAGGAUCAAGGUCUUCUCUUGGAAUAUUCUCUGCGACAAAUACGCCACCCCUCAGACCUACGGAUAUACGCCGACUUCCGCGCUAAACUGGGACUACCGCAAGGAUUGCGUUCUAGAAGAGCUUCGCGAGAGGGAUGCCGAUUUCCUCGCCCUACAAGAAGUGUCCACCGAGGCCUUCAAGGAGGACUUAAGCCCCCCUCUGGCCCGGCUCGACUACAAGGGAGUCCACUGGCCCAAAUCUCGAGCCAAGACCAUGUCCGAAAAGGACGCUCUCUCCGUUGACGGUUGCGCUGUCUUCUACAAGCAGAGCAAGUUUAUCCUGCUAGACAAGCAACUAAUCGAGUUCGCCACCAUUGCUAUCAAUCGACCCGACAUGAAGAACCAGCAUGACGUGUUUAACCGAGUCAUGCCCAAGGACAACAUUGCUGUUAUUUGCUUUUUCGAGUCCAGGCUGACCGGUGCUCGGAUCAUCCUUGUCAACGUUCAUCUCACAUGGGACAUUGCCCUCGCAGAUGUCAAGGUUAUCCAAACUGGUAUCUUGAUGGAGCAUGUCACCAAGCUCGCAGAAAAGUAUGCUAGGAUGCCAGCCGUGAAGGAUAAGAAGAUGAUCACCGUACCACUGGCGGACGACGGGGUGAUGCCUCCACAUGUGGAACCCGGGCCAAGCCAGGAAUACCGCACCAAUACCGAGAUCCCCUUGCUUGUAUGCGGAGACUUCAACUCGACGGAAGACUCCUCUGUGUUUGAUUUGAUGUCCAAGGGUCGCGUACCGCCCGAUCACCUGGAGCUAGGUAAUUAUCAAUACGGAAGCUUCACUCGUGACGGCAUAGAGCACCCUUUCAGCCUGCGCGACUCCUACUCGCUCACCAAGGGCACCGCCGACGAGCUAACGUUCACAAACUACACCCCAAGUUUCACCGGCGUGCUUGAUUACAUCUGGUACUCGACCAACACGCUCGAAGUGGUCAAUGUGCUUGGGCCUCCCGACGCUAGCUACCUGUCGAGGAUCCCCGCCUUCCCAUACUGGCACUACCCAGCUGAUCACAUCCAAAUCAUGACCGAGCUCGUCAUCAAGGGGAGGAAGGACAAGAAGCAGCUGCCGGAGCGGGAGGUGGAUUUCGGCAGCGGCCGCGGGUGA